GAGCAGCAGAGAAGGAGAAUCCGCUAAAACCUCCACCCUCCUUUUUUUUCGAACUCUUCUUCUCCGGUGUGCUGGAGCUCCGCCGCCUCCACCUCCAGACACUCGGGGCAACUUUUCUCGCCCGUGUUCAAACGCACAAACACUCCGGUCUAAACUUUUUCAAGCUACCGUUACGAGAAAAACUGCAUGCAUUGACGGUUUUAUUUACUUUCAGUUGCUACGUUUGUCUCUAGCUUUUUUUUAAGCCGAACAUUUUAGUUUGAAAAGGGGCCGGAACAUUUUUUUUUAACCGAGGCUCCAGUGAGAACAAACCCCGAAGAAGGGAGUGGGUGUCUCGGCUAACAAGGCUACAGCUAACUCCUCUCCAAAGUUCCAAGUCGACGCAGAAGAGGAGGGAAAAGUGAGACGAAAUGAAAACCCCGGCAGAUACGGGGUUUGUUUUCCCAGACUGGGCCUACAAGCCCGAGUCCAGCCCCGGUUCUCGACAGAUCCAGCUCUGGCACUUCAUCCUGGAGCUGCUGAGGAAAGAGGAGUACCACGACGUCAUCGCCUGGCAGGGAGACUACGGCGAGUUCGUCAUCAAGGACCCGGACGAGGUGGCCCGUCUGUGGGGGGCCAGGAAGUGCAAACCACAGAUGAACUACGACAAGCUCAGCCGGGCUCUAAGAUACUACUACAACAAGCGGAUCCUCCACAAGACCAACGGGAAGAGAUUCACCUACAAGUUCAACUUCAACAAACUGGUGCUGGUCAACUACCCUUUCAUCGAAGUGGGCACUGGACGAGGAAUCCCACAGAGCGCCCCCCCAGUGCCGUCUGGCGGGACCCACUUCCGCUUCCCCCCCUCCACACCCUCAGAUGUCCUGUCCUCCAGCGAGGAGCUGCGCAGUCCGGGCAUGUUCAGCAGCGUGGCCCGACGGAUGGCCCGCGGCUCCGUCAGCGACUGCAGCGACGGGACCUCCACCAACUCUGAGCUGGAGGAGGCGGUGGGCGCCGAUGAGCGGGGGGUGGGGGCGGAGAGGGCCUUCAGGGGUCUGCUUCCUCCACGCCUGCCCCACGAGUCCCUCUUCAGAGUCUACGGCGGAGCUCCAAACCCCGCAGGCCUCCCCAGACAUGGACCCAGGGUCCACCCAGACCCCCUGUCUCCCUUCCCCGUCUCACCCCUGCCCGGUCCCGGUGGUCUCCUCGCGCCGACACUGUCCCCGGCCCUGUCCAUGACCCCGACCCCUCACCUGCCCUACACCCCCUCACCGUCCCUGUCCUCGCCCAUGAUGGGCUCCCACUUCUCCUUCAACCCGGAGGACAUGAAGCACUACCUGCAGGCCCACACCCAGUCCGUCUACAACUACCACCUCAGCCCCCGGGCCUUCCUCCACUACCCCAACAUCGUCAUCCCUCAGCCGCACCGCCCCACGCUGGAGAAACCGCCCACCCACCACCUCCAUCUGCCGCUCUCCCACCCCCUCGGCCCGCAUCCAGGAGGAGCAGAGGAGGUCCAGCAGCACCCGUCCCCCUUCAAGUUCAAGCUGCAGCCUCCCCCGCUGGGGAGAAAACAGAGGGAUUCAGGAAGUUCACUGGCUUCAGCUUCCUCCUCCUCCUCCUCCUCCUCCACCAGCCAGUCCUCGUUCUCUGGCUCUGGACAGUUAGGUGGUUCUGGUCUGGCUGCAGGUCCUCCAAAGAUCCAGGUGGAGCCCAUAUCUGACAUUGAGUCAGAGGAGGAGGUGGAGGUGACUGACAUCAGCGAAGAAGAGGAGAUGAAUCACAUUGAUGAAGGAGGCGUCUUCAACCCCGUGGCUCACUAUCGGCUCAACACCCACCACCACCACCAGCACCACCAGCACCAAGCUAACGGUACCAGCAGCAGCUGCCCCCCCGCUCCCCCCCACAACCACCAGGACGAGGACGACGACGAGGAGGUCUUCAAGACUCCCGCCACUCCUCCCCUCGGCAGUGCCGGCCCGCCUUUCCCACUCCUGAACCUGCAGAGCGAGCCGGGUCAGGCCGCGCCCAUCAGUCCCGGGGGCACGCGCUGCAUCCCCCUCAAGCUGCGCUUCAAGCGUCGCUGGAGCGAAGACCAGAAGAUGGAAGCGGAUGGAGAGAGGGACGAGGCGGAGGACAAGAAAGUCAGGGCUGACGGUGGACUGGAGACGAAGGGGGAGGCCAUGGAGGAGGCGGGGGGGAGGAAGAGAGGAGCGGAGCUGGAAAAUGUUGAGAGGAAAGGUGUUAUUUUGGGGCUGAUGCUCCCUCCACCUCCCACCCAGCGCAGAGCCAGCUCUGAGCUGCAGAGGGCGACGGCGCAGCUGUCGCUGGAAAACACCGGCUGCUGAGCUUCACGUGCACUGUCACGGGCACACUAAACACAAAGGAACUGCUCGUACACACACAGACACACACAGACACACACACCUCUGGAAGUGGCGUUUAACAGUUUGAUAUAGACCACAAUGCCUUGCAGCAGGUGUUUGUUGUUGGCGUGUGACUGUUUCUCUGUAGUCAAAUGCGGAGGGGUUUUUUUGGGCACUUUUCACUGACCUCACAGCCCCACACGCCCCUUAUGUUACUCCACCGUGACGACGUCCCCUCACUGGGCUUUAAAGGGACAGUCCAGCUUUUAUCAGUCGCUCAAUGCUGGAGGUCACAGUUGGUUUUGGCUUAAGUUCAGAAAGAUAAACGUUCAAAUUUGUUAUUUUGUGAUGUUUAAAAAAAAAACAACCAACCAGAACUCAGGCUGCUCCCAGAACUGGACCACAUGUCUGGACCGUCUCUUUGACCGUCCCACGUUUGUCCUCCGUCCUGAGCAUUAAUCAUUAUGAUCUAUAUAAAGAAUCAAUUUACCCCCCUGGA